CCCCCCCCGCCCCGGAGGUCCGGGGCCCAAGCUGCAGGACCGGACGGCCGCGGACGCUCGGGAAGCCUCGGCUCGGACCGGCAAAGACCGUUCCCGCUUGUGGCGCCUUGGCCGCCCCGCGGCGAUGGGGCCCGCCGGCAGUGAGGAUCCCGGGCACUGAGCAGCCGGUGCCAUGGCUGCCGCGGCCGACCUCCCUCCAGGCCCAGGACACAGCCUCCGGGGGGCCCAGGCUGCGUGAGGCUGGAGCUGCUCCCCCAUUGAUUGUAAGGAUCCGGCCUUGGUGAUGAGACAUGGGGUAUGAUGUAACCCGCUUCCAGGGGGAUGUUGACGAGGACUUGAUCUGCCCCAUCUGCAGCGGGGUCCUGGAGGAGCCUGUGCAGGCCCCACACUGCGAGCACGCCUUCUGCAAUGCCUGCAUCACGCAGUGGUUCUCGCAGCAGCAGACGUGCCCCGUGGACCGCAGCGUGGUGACCGUGGCCCACCUGCGCCCGGUGCCCCGGAUCAUGCGGAACAUGCUGUCCAAGCUGCACAUCGCAUGCGACAACGCCGCCUUCGGCUGCGCGGCCGUGGUGCGCCUGGACGCCCUCAUGGCCCACCUCGGCGACUGCGAGCACAACCCCAAGCGACCCGUCACCUGCGAGCAGGGCUGCGGCUUGGAGAUGCCCAAGGACGAGCUGCCCAACCACAAUUGCAUCCAGCACCUGCGCUCCGUGGUGCAGCAGCAGCAGGGCCGCAUCGCCGAGCUGGAGAAGGCCUCGGCCGAGCACAAGCACCAGUUGGCAGAGCAGAAGCGGGACAUCCAGCUGCUCAAGGCUUGCAUCCGGGCCAUCCGCAGCGUCAACCCCAACUUGCAGAACUUGGAGGAGACGAUCGAGUACAAUGAAAUCCUGGAGUGGGUGAACUCCCUGCAGCCGGCCCGCGUGACGCGCUGGGGGGGGAUGAUCUCCACGCCGGACGCCGUCCUCCAGGCCGUGAUCAAGCGCUCGCUGGUGGAGAGCGGCUGCCCGGCCUCCAUCGUCAACGAGCUGAUCGAGAACGCCCACGAGCGCAGCUGGCCCCAGGGCCUGGCCACGCUGGAGACGCGCCAGCUGAACCGGCGCUACUACGAGAACUACGUGGCCAAGCGCGUGCCCGGCAAGCAGGCCGUGGUGGUCAUGGCCUGCGACAACCAACACAUGGGCGAGGACAUGGUGCAGGAGCCAGGGCUCGUCAUGAUCUUCGCCCACGGGGUCGAGGAGAUCUGAGCCCCGGGGCGGGGAGGGGGAUGUGCAGAGGGGGGAGAGAGCCCGUCGGCCCUCCUCCCCAGGCCGGAGCCAGCCCACUGAAGCGCCGAUGCCACAGUACGGGAACGGGAACGGAGCCGGGGGCGCGCAGCUGCGGACCCCCUCCCACCCCCCUGCUGCCAAGGGGAGGGCGGCGGUCCUGCUGGGGCCACUGAUGCCAAAUACAAAUUGCUCAAGGGCCAGAGAGAGGGAUUCAGCCAAGCGGGGACCCCCUCCCACCCCGUUCUUGCCACACAGGAGCCAGGCUGAGGGGGGGUCCCAGUAGGGGAAGACAGAGGAACAGGCCUCUCCUGCCUGGCUCCAUCCCUUACGCCCCCCCCAACACACACGCUCACAACCCUCCACCUCCACGCAUACACCCACCCACCCACAUCGGGUGCGCGGGGUGUCUUUGUCAUUUUUCUGACUGUUGUUAUUUUGUCUGUCUCUUCUCCAUUUCCCCUUCCCUUAACUCCAACCCCCUCCACCGCCCCUCAGUCCCGUCCCCCCCACCAAGGGUUUAAUUUAUUCAAUUUUUUUAAAAAAAACCACAACAACGACAAAAAGCGACAAACCGAGCAUUUAUAACCUUUUCUUCCACUGGUCCUGGCGCUGACCUGGUGCGGCUGAGCACCCCGCCACGUGCUGCGGAGCGUGGGCAGAGGCAAGUGAAGAGGCCCCGGCCCUGACUGCGAGCGGCGUGCCCCCUCCCCAAGCCCCGCGGGUGUCCACAGCAAUUGUUUCACUUACCGGGGCCCGGAGGAGGGCAUCCUGGUGGUCCUGUUCUCCCCGGCUGCCGGGGGUCUAGCCUCCUCCGUCCCUGGGCUCCAAGAUCUGGGCAGACCCACCCUGCCUCCCGCUCCCCUUUCCCCCAGACCCGAGUUAUCGCCUGGGGGGCUGGGAGAGGAGGCAGCACCCCUCCUUUCGUGCUCAGGAAUUAACAAAUGUUGCUGCUGCCGCCAACCUAGCUCUGGAUGUGUUCAGCUUCUCUCCGGCUCCUCUCGCUCUGUCCCUCCCCCGCCGGACACUGGGCCCUGGGCAGCUGGCUGCGCUUGGGGGCGAGUGGGCGGGCGGGCUGCUAGCCACUCUGCGUGCGUGCAUGUGUGCGCGGCGUGUGCUCCGUGGGCGCUCCGUCCCUCCGUGGUGACUGCUGCACUAAUAAACCUUCUCCAGUC